UGUGAAUAUCAUACUGACUACAACGACUACACGCAGACCCUCGAAACAGAUCAACAAUUCCUACUCACAAAAUUCAACGAAUCAACAGCCGAGCUCACCGCGCUCAAAUCCUCGCUUCCAAACGUGAAAUCCUCGCUCGAGAAGCAAGUCCGCACGCUCGAGCAAGAACUCUCAGAUGCCCAGGACGCACGGUUCGAAGCCGAAUCCGCACUCCGCGCAGCAAACUCGCAGGCCAAGCGCCAGACAGAUGAGCUAAGGAUGAAAAAUACGUCGCUUUCAACUGCGGUCGAGGAGCUUACUGAGCAGCUUGCUGCUGUGCAGAGUCGAUCGCAACAAAGUCAUUUGCGCGUCAACGAGCUCGAAGACGAGAAUGAGAAACUCGCGCUCGAAAACAAGUCGCUCAAAUCAAAAACAGAAGAACUAUCAAACCUCUCGACGCUCGAGUCCCAGCUUUCCGCCCAAAUCGCCCUCACAAAAUCACUCGAGUCAAAGCUGCACAUAAUCACCCCAGAGCUCACAUCUCUUCGCGAAUCCCACAAGAAAUUCAAAUUCAUCCAAGAAGAAAAAACACUUCUCGAAGCGCGUCUGAAGCUGAUGGAAGAUCUGCGACGGCAGGUCGCGGACGCAGAACUCGAGGCCGCGAAUCUGCGACAGGAAUCAGCUCGCUGGGCGGCGUUCAUGGAAACCGAGGAUGCGUUCCACUCGCCCGAGGACGUGAUGCGUGCUCUGAACAACGAACGUGCAGAGCGGCUCGCUCUGCUCGACAAGGUAGGCCGAUUAGAGGCCGAAUUAGCGGCGCGCGAGGCAGGUCUGGAGGGAGACGCUCGCGAGUUGGCUGAUAUAGAGUCACAGGUGACUUCAUUGCAGGAGACAAUAGCUCGGAAUGCGAAGGCGAUGGCGCGACUAGAGCGACAAAAAGCGCUGGCGGCCAAAGAGUCUGAGUUUCUUAGGGAGCAGCUCAAGAGCUUUGAUACUGAGGAAACGGUGUUUAUGCAAGGGAACUUCGACGCGCAGAAAAAUAAGCGGAUCGAGAAUCUGGAAAAGCUGUUGGCAGAGGAGAAAGAGGAGAUUGACCGUCUUACCACCGAACUCGCAGCUUUCGACAAGAAAGACAAACAAGCAAGCGAUACCUCUACGCCCCGCAAGCGCGCGCGCUCGCAAGAGGACGGCGUCGAGCACGACGAGCGGAUCGGCGAACUACUCCGACGAAACCGCCAACUUCAAGACGACUACACAAAACUUGUCAAGAACGAAGAGACCGCCAAGAAUGAGAUUCGCCAGCUGCAAAACAAACUGAAAACACUCGAAUCUACCGCCGCUGUUCAAUCGCGCGUGCUGCAGCUGCGCGAUAAUCCUGCUGCUCGUGACCAGGCGAUCAAGAAAUCAAUGCUCGACGCUCUCCGCGCGGAGAACAACUCGCUCCUCGCACAGCUCGAAAACCGAAGAGAGGAUAUCGGCCAGGUGGUCAGCAUCAACACGCUCGACAGAGUGAAGCUCGAAAUCAAGGAAAUGGAGCGCGAGGUAGCCGAGAAGGAAAAACGGAUCCGCAGAAUGAAAGAGAUCUGGUCCGCGAAAUCCGUCGAGUUCCGCGAAGCAGUCUACUCGCUUCUCGGCUACAAGCUCGAUUUCCUGGCCAACAACAAAGUCCGCGCGACCUCGAUGUUUGCCUCCUCGGACGACGAGUCGUUCACGUUCGAUCCCGCGGCGGGAACGAUGAAGAUGGGUGGGCGUCCUGAUAGUCCGUUUGCGCAGGAGUGUGCGAAUUUGAUCACGUUCUGGGUGCAGGAGAGAAGAGAGAUUCCGUGCUUCUUGGCGGCGCUGAACCUGGAAUUGUACGAUAAGACUACGAAAGCUGCUCGCUUUUGAUUAAGUGGGCAUAUAGAUUUGCUCAUACGAAAGAUUUUUUAAUUCAAUAAAUCAUUAUGAAAAACUCCACUCGGCAUAACACCAGAUACAACGCCAUUCACUGCACACUCCAUUAUUC